GUCAGAAGAAUUAGGAGGUGAAGAUUCCCGUAAAUCAUGCGCGGAGUCGGGCGGUGAGGUCUCUAGAUCCCAAACAGGAAUUCCGAAAAAAUAACGCAGUUUCUCAUUGCGAUCUGAUGGAAAGCAUCUUAAACGCCUCAACGCUUGCGGAAAUUCGAAGCUUCUACGAGCAACAGAUCAGGGCUGGAGAGCCACCGAGAUUGCGUCAGUGACCGCACGGCGAGUAAAGCAUGCUUUACUAGCAUAAUGAUCUAAUUCACAGCACUGCGAGAAAACGCCCUCCAAAAGCAAGAGACUACACUGUCGUUUGGGAUAAACUCGCAUCUCGCUGGCAUAUCAGCUCGAGCUGGGUGCGGUUGUGUAUUCCUCGGCUUAAUCACUGAAACUCGAACAUACGAAAAACUCUUCACAUUAAUCGCAGUCCUCCAACUUCGUUAGCUGGCUGGGUAGUGUGCGUCCGGAGAUCAUGGGCAGCGGAUCUGAGCUUCCACUACGGAUCUGUAUGGUCUGGCUGGUCGCGGGUCUGGCGAUUGGCGAGGCACUCCGGUGCUACGAGUGUGUCGAUCAGGAGACGUCGUGCGGAUCUGCUGAUAAUUCGCCGGGAAGAGUGCGAGAAUGCCCGAACUCAACCAUGUGCUCGACCACCAUGCUGACCACAAUGGUGAAUGGAAAUGAGUGGAUCAGGGUGAGGCGAGGCUGUGCCAAGCAGGUGGAUCAUUACUUUGACUAUAUUGGAAAGCAUUGGGAGCAGAAGUAUCGACUGAUGGACUUACCGGAGGGCUGCAAGAAGGAGAAUGGAAGGAUGAAUUGCAACUGUCGCGGAGAACUUUGCAAUUCAGGAAGUCAUUCGACACCAAAUUUCCGGUUGCCGUUCGUGCUGAUCUUAUUGGCCCUGGUCUGCGGCAAAAUCCUUCUUCCCGUCUAGUCGGCGACACUUUUUGGGGUGUGUUCUACCAGUUCCCGGAACUAUGGAACUCUCUAAGGCCACAAAUAUAGUUUUAAGCAGAUUAAUGAUUUAUGUGCGACAGUUUUCAAAGGUGAAACCUUGUCAAUAAAGUCACUGAUACCAAAUAAACC